GUCUUUAAAUGUUCUGUGUACGUUGAUGAUGUUUUAAUAUAUUCCAUUUGAUGAUUUUCUUCACAAUUCACCAUGAUUCAUUUCCUUCUUACCUGUUUGCUUUAGAUCCUCCAAGGGACGUCUCAGUGUCCAACAGUUCCUCUGGUGAAAUGGUAAAUCUGACCUGUAGCAGUGAUGCUAACCCACCUGUGGAGAUCUACACCUGGUUUAAAGAAGGUAGAAGCUCACCUGUAGGAUCUGGACACAGUUAUGUUCCUCUACAGAGUGGAUUCUACUACUGCCAGGCUCAGAACCAACAUGGAGCUCAGAGAUCAGCUGCUGUUUCAGUGGUUUCAGACAUUCUGAAGAAUUACAAUCAAUCCUUGAUUCUAUAUGGAGCUGUUGGAGCUGGUGGAGUUUGUGGGCUUGCAAUCACAUUUAUCACUGUGUGUUUCUGCAUGAGGAGCAGGAGAAAGAGGCAGGCUGGAAACGUGGAUGAACAAAUCUAUGCAAAUGUCGUGCGCAAUGCCCGUCCUCCUCAUAAUGAUGAUAAUAAUGAUGAUAAUGAUGAUGAUGAUAUUCUAGACUACGAGAACGUUCCAGUGAGUUACACGUUAGCAGACACUUUUCAACCUUGUAGAAACCAAAAAUUAAAUCAAUCAUUUAUUAAUCGCCAUUUGUUAACUUUUUCCAAAAUAUUUCUAACACAUCACUCAUUUUACUUCAGUUUAACUGUACAGACUGUACCUGCUUUUUGAUAUUUUUUGUAGGAUUCGAGGAAGC